UCUGUGGAACUGGAGCAGCGCUGCACAGCAGAGGGAGGUCUUUCUGCCACAUCGCAGGUGCCACCACAGGGGUGCAAAAUGCUGCUCUGGGUGUUCUUGCUCAUGAUCCUCACCCUCAGCAGUGGCUCCCACUGCUCCCCACCCUCUCUGCCCCUCAGGAUGCCCCGGUAUGCCGAUGCCAUCUUCACCAACAGCUACCGGAAGGUGCUGGGCCAGCUGUCUGCCCGCAAGCUGCUCCAGGACCUCAUGAGCAGGCAGCAGGGGGAAAGAAACCAGGAGCAAGGAGCAAAGGUAAGGACUGGCCGUCAGGUGGACAGCAUGUGGGCAGACCGAAAGCAGAUGGCAUUGGAGAGCAUCCUGGUGGCCCUGCCGCAGAAGCAGAGGAAUUCCCAAGGAUGAAGAUCCUGCCUGUGUUUUACGCUGCCUGCAGCCAAAACACAACCGCAUCCAGUUAAUCCUAUUUAAUUUUUG